AUGGAUGACAACCAUAAAAGCCUACUCCCCUUCGUUUUCAAAGCGCUCCCGCUGGGUGCCGUCAAGCCGCAAGGUUGGCUAAGGGAUCAGUUGACUCUGAUGGCGAACGGCCUUGCGGGCCACGAGCUUGACUUCUACCGCGUUGUCCGUGACAGUCGGUGGUUGGGUGGAACCCAAGACUACAGCGAUCUCAACGAGGCUAUGCCCUACUGGUUCAACGGACUGGUUCCGCUCGCUUAUCUGACCCAGGAUAAGAGGCUGCUUGAGCAGGUCCGGAAAGUCGCGGACUACGUACUUACCCAUCAGCAGGCGGAUGGCUGGCUGGGCCCUGAAACUGUAGUAUCCCAAAGGAACUUUUGGGCUAGGACUCCUAUGUUCUUGGGAUUGGCGCAGAUGGUGGAAGCCCAGCCUGGCGAUGCCGAGGUAGAAAGGAUCUUGAAUGCGAUGCACAAAUAUGUUAACUUGAUGCAUUCGAUGCUGUCUAACAAUCUCCAGGGCCUGGUUUGGCAUCAUGGUGAUAAAUUCAACGAGCAAUGGGGCCGAUCCCGAGCGGCGGAUAUGAUAUUAGCUCUGCAGUGGCUUUACGAGACUGAUCCUAGGGAUAAUGCUGAUAAGAUGUUUGGAUGCAUGGAGUUUUUCAAGAAAGGAGGGCACGACUGGUCUUGGUGGUUCUCUGAGGGAAACUAUAUUAAAGAGGACCUUGAUAAGCUGCCGGGGAACGUGACUCGGACGCUAUACCAUUUCCUACAUGGCGUUAAUGCUGGCCAGGGCUUAAAGGCUGGUGCAGUCAUCAGGAGGUUUACACAUGAUGACAGUCUGCUAGAGUCUGCUCGAAGAGGCGUCAAUUGGACGUUCCGCUACCAUGGAAGCGCAUCUGGAGGUAUCCUUGCGGAUGAGCGACUCGCACGUCUGAGUCCAGUACGGGGUACGGAGCUGUGCUCUGUUGUCGAGACAAUGUAUUCGCUCAGCUACCUUUACCAGUCAAUGGGAGAUCGGGACUUUGCGGACCGAUGCGAGCUAGCAGCUUUCAACGCGCUUCCUGUUAUGGUGACUCCGGACUGGUGGGCGCAUCAGUAUAUAGCUCAGAUAAACCAACCCGUUUCCCAUAGUGUCAGACAUCCACCAUGGUAUAAUGUUGGUUCUAGAGCACAAACGUUUGGCCUAGAGCCUAACUACCCCUGCUGUACUGUCAACCACCAUCAGGGAUAUCCCAAAUUCGUGUCCGCUAUGUUUGUGCAGAAAGGGGAGGAUGGCAUUGGACAGGCGCUGCUUGGACCAGCUGAGAUACGAACCACAACAAGCUCAGGGACCAAAGUUAAUAUCAACUGUGAAACCGCCUAUCCAUUCGACAACGUACUGUCCUACAAAAUCGACGCGGGAGGACCAUUUACAUUCUCCUUCAGGGUGCCUUCGUGGGCUGACAAUGCCAAGUCCUUGAUCUCCGUCGACAGCGCUGGAGGCACUUCCUUGAAGCCUAGCCCUGCGACAGGGAUGCACGAUGUCUCCAUAACACAAGGGAAACAUGUAGUCACCGUCUCGUUCGCUACUGAAAUCCGCGUGGAGAAGCGUGCCAGCAACACCGUCGCUGUCUACUAUGGAGCGCUUCUCUACGCCGUCCCGAUCGACGCACGCGUCACCUAUGUCAAGAGCAAUUACCCUGGCGCACCUGAUAGUGCGAGAGAAUACACGAUGACGCCGUCCUCGAAAUGGGCGCUGGCGAUUGAUCCAUCGACGCUCCGCUUCAAUGCUCUGGCCGCUCGCGGUGACGACGGUGCAGCAGCACCCAACAACGGAAGUCAGCUUCCAAACCCGCUCUGGGCGGAAAAAGCGACAUCGACUUCAAUUUCGGCGCGGGCUUGUGAGAUUAAGUGGGAGUUGACGGAGCCGAAGGGGGAAGGCUAUGCGCCGGACCCGCCACGAGAAUCGGAGCGGGAGUGUAUUGGGAAGCCAUUCGAGGUUAAAUUAAUGCCGUAUGGGAGUGCCAGGUUGCAUAUGGCGGAACUUCCAACGGUUAAGUUGGCGUAG